CAUCAGGGAAGGAAUCCUAUCUGCAUAUUUCGUCUUUAGCCCCAUCCCUCAUUCCCGGUGGGGUUUGGAACUUUCCAUCAAUUCUUUCCCUGUCUCAUUUCUCUUUGAGCCUUUGCCUAGCUGUGCCUGUCACAGCGAGAAAUCAGUCACCCUCGGCCUUCCAGCACUCUUAGGCUCUGAGAAAUUUGGCAUACGGGUGUCAGGUAUUAAAACAGCUAAAUAAAAGAUGCCCUGGGGCUGAAGGCCAGCGUGGCUGGAAGUUCUGGGGGUCAGAAGCCUGACUCCGCCUGCUCCAAGCUCUAGCAAUUUAAGUCACCCAGGGGUUUUUUGUUUUGGUUUGGUUUGGUUUUUCUUGACCUUAGAACCACCGAGACCAUGCUGUUCUCGCUCACCUUCCUGUCGGUGUUUUUAAAGAUUACUGUACUCAGUGUCACAGCACAGCAGACCAGGAACUGUCAGUCAGGUCCUCUCGAGAGAAGCGGGACUUCCACGUAUGCCGCCGCCGGUCCUCCCAGGUUCCUGAUUUUCUUACAAGGAAACAGCAUCUUUCGGAUUAACACAGAUGGAACAAAUCACCAGCAAUUGGUGGUGGAUGCCGGCGUCUCAGUGGUCAUGGAUUUUCAUUACAAGGAAGAGAGACUCUAUUGGGUGGAUUUAGAAAGACAACUUUUGCAAAGAGUUUUCUUUAAUGGGUCAGGACAAGAGACAGUGUGCAAGGUGGAUAAGAAUGUUUCUGGGCUGGCCAUAAACUGGAUAGAUGGGGAGAUUCUCCGGACGGACCGAUGGAAGGGAGUCAUCACAGUAACAGAUAUGAACGGGAACAAUUCCCGUGUUCUUCUGAGUUCCUUAAAACGUCCUGCAAAUAUAUUAGUGGAUCCAACAGAGAGGUUGAUAUUUUGGUCUUCAGUGGUGACUGGCAACCUUCACAGAGCAGAUCUCGGGGGUAUGGAUGUAAAAACACUGCUGGAGGCACCAGAGAGGAUAUCAGUGCUGAUUCUGGAUAUCCUGGACAAAAGGCUCUUCUGGGCUCAGGACGGUAGAGAAGGAAGCCACGGUUACAUUCACUCCUGUGACUAUGACGGUGGCUCCAUCCAUCAUAUCAGACAUCAAGCACGGCACGAUUUGCUUACUAUGGCCAUUUUCGGUGACAAGAUCUUAUACUCAGCACUGAAAGAGAAGGCGAUUUGGAUAGCCGACAAACACACUGGGAAGAAUGUGGUUCGAGUUAACCUCGAUCCAGCCUCUGUGCCGCCAAGAGAACUGAGAGUCGUGCACCUACAUGCACAGCCCGGGACAGAGAACCGUGCUCAGGCCUCUGACUCCGAACGAUGCAAACAGAGAAGAGGACAGUGUCUCUACAGUCUCUCUGAGCGAGACCCCAACUCAGACUCGUGCGCAUGCGCUGAAGGCUAUACGUUAAGCCGAGACCGGAAGUACUGCGAAGAUGUCAAUGAGUGUGCCUUGCAGAAUCACGGCUGUACUCUUGGGUGUGAAAACAUCCCUGGAUCCUAUUACUGCACAUGCCCUACAGGCUUUGUUCUGCUUCCUGAUGGGAAACGAUGUCACGAACUUGUUGCCUGUCCAGGCAACAGAUCAGAGUGUAGCCAUGAUUGCAUCCUGACAUCAGAUGGUCCUCUGUGCAUCUGUCCAGCAGGUUCAGUGCUCGGAAAAGAUGGGAAGACAUGCACUGGUUGUUCAUCUCCUGAUAAUGGUGGAUGCAGCCAGAUCUGCCUUCCUCUCAGCCUAGCAUCCUGGGAAUGUGAUUGCUUUCCUGGGUACGACCUACAAUUGGACCGAAAGAGCUGUGCAGCUUCAGGACCGCAGCCAUUUUUACUGUUUGCAAAUUCCCAGGACAUACGACACAUGCAUUUUGAUGGAACAGACUACAAAACUCUGCUCAGCCGGCAGAUGGGAAUGGUUUUUGCCUUGGAUUAUGACCCCGUGGAAAGCAAGAUAUAUUUUGCACAGACAGCCCUGAAGUGGAUAGAGAGGGCUAAUCUGGAUGGCUCCCAGCGAGAAAGACUUAUCACGGAAGGAGUAGACACGCCAGAAGGUCUUGCCGUGGACUGGAUUGGCCGGAGAAUCUACUGGACGGACAGUGGGAAGUCCGUCAUUGAAGGGAGUGAUUUGAGCGGGAAGCAUCAUCAAAUAAUCAUCAAAGAGAGCAUCUCAAGGCCACGAGGAAUAGCUGUGCAUCCAAAGGCCAGGAGACUAUUCUGGACGGACACGGGGAUGUCUCCGCGGAUUGAAAGCUCUUCCCUUCAAGGUUCUGACCGGACGCUGAUAGCCAGCUCUAAUCUACUGGAACCCAGUGGAAUCGCGAUUGACUACUUAACAGACACUUUGUACUGGUGUGACACCAAGCUGUCUGUGAUUGAAAUGGCCGAUCUAGAUGGUUCCAAACGCCGCAGACUUACCCAGAACGAUGUAGGUCACCCAUUCUCUCUAGCUGUGUUUGAGGAUCACGUGUGGUUCUCGGAUUGGGCUAUCCCAUCGGUAAUAAGGGUGAACAAGAGGACUGGUCAAAACAGGGUACGUCUCCGAGGCAGCAUGCUGAAGCCCUCGUCACUGGUUGUGGUCCACCCAUUGGCAAAACCAGGUGCAGACCCCUGCUUACACAGGAAUGGAGGCUGUGAACACAUCUGCCAAGAGAGCCUGGGCACGGCUCAGUGUCUGUGUCGGGAAGGAUUCGUGAAGGCCCCAGAUGGGAAAAUGUGUCUCACUCGGAAGGAUGAUCAGAUACUGGCCGGUGACAAUGCUGAUCUUAGUAAAGAGGUAGCAUCGUUGGACAACUCCCCUAAGGCUUAUGUACCAGACGAUGACAGGACAGAGUCCUCCACACUAGUGGCUGAGAUCAUGGUGUCAGGGCUGAACUAUGAAGAUGACUGCGGCCCUGGUGGGUGUGGCAGCCAUGCCCACUGUAUUUCAGAGGGAGAGGCAGCUGUGUGUCAGUGUUUGAAAGGAUUUGCUGGCGAUGGAAACCUGUGUUCUGAUAUAGACGAAUGUGAGCUGGGUAGCUCAGACUGUCCUCCCACCUCGUCCAGGUGCAUCAACACCGAAGGUGGCUAUGUCUGCCAAUGCUCAGAAGGCUACGAGGGAGAUGGGAUCUACUGUCUCGACGUUGAUGAGUGCCAGCAGGGGUCGCACGGCUGCAGCGAGAAUGCCACCUGCACCAACACGGAGGGAGGCUACAACUGCACCUGUGCAGGCUGCCCAUCAGCACCUGGACUGCCUUGCCCUGACUCUACCUCACCCUCUCUCCUUGGAAAAGAUGGCUGCCACUGGGUCCGAAACAGUAUCACAGGAUGCCCGCCGUCGUACGAUGGGUACUGCCUCAAUGGUGGCGUGUGCAUGUAUGUUGAAUCCGUGGACCGCUACGUGUGCAACUGUGUCAUUGGCUAUAUUGGAGAACGAUGUCAGCACCGAGACUUACGUUGGUGGAAGCUGCGCCAUGCUGACUACGGGCAGAGGCACGACAUCACUGUGGUGUCUGUCUGUGUGGUGGCGCUGGCCCUGCUGCUCCUCUUAGGGAUGUGGGGGACUUACUACUACAGGACUCGGAAGCAGCUAUCAGAGAGCUCAAAGAAGCCUUCCGAAGAGUCAAGCAGCAACGUGAGCAGUAACGGGCCUGACAGCAGCGGGGCUGGGGUGUCUUCUGGUCCCCAACCUUGGUUUGUGGUCCUAGAGGAACACCAACAGCCCAAGAAUGGGCGUCUGCCUGCCGCUGGCACGAACGGCGCAGUAGUAGAGGCUGGCCUGUCUUCCUCCCUGUAACUCGGGCCAGUGCACCUGACUUCCUGGAGACAGAAGCCCCGCAUAUAUGAGAUGGGCACAGAGCAAAGCUGCUGGAUUCCACCAUCAAAUGACAAAGGACCCCAGGAAAUGGAGGGGAACCCCCACUUACCCUCCUACAGGGAAUGGCCUCUAGCUGUGUGGGCUGAGAAGAAGCUGCAUUCUCUCCAGUCAGCUAAUGGAUCGAGUCAACAAAGGGCCUCAGACCUGCCCCAGCAAACAGAGCCAGUUCUGUAGAAACUGGGAGCAGACAGAAGGUACCGAAAGUGAAAUAGCAAACCAGGCUGAAGGGUGGUAGAGCGGCAGAUCUGGUACUCCUGUCUCCACGGCUAAUCACUGCUCAGGGUCCUGAAGAUAACUGCAUAGCUGCAUAGCUGCAUAGCCGCGACUUCUGCUUCUUGCUUCAAGCAGUCCCGUUGAAGACGAUCAAAAGAGAAGUGGAGAAAAAUCAUCAGAAACCGAAGUCAAGACGUUCACGUGUUGUAAGCUGUGUCUUCUACCCUGGACUGUUGGGCUCUUUUCCUUGUUGUCUCAGAAGAAAUGGGUUAAAGCAGGCGAUCACAUGCUUUGUUGAUUGCACAGUAGAUGAUAUGAUCUACAUAGAUCUUAGCUCACUCUCACGGAAAGGCUGGAACAUUAUAGAUGCUGCUAAGAUACACUGCAAGUGUGGCCCCUGCUCAUAAUUUUGCCUUCUGAAUUGUGAUUAGUGAAAAUAAUUGUAACUUAGAGUCCGAUUUAUUCAGAAUCAGAGCAUUUAUUUUUAUACUAUGAAAAUCUUUGAAUGAAGAUAUUUAACUUUAAAAACAUUUCCUAAGAGACAACAGUGUUUCUUAAUCAUUGUCUUUUCUUCUUGCAGUCUUUCCCAGUGAAAACGGUAAAUUCUGCUGUUUGCAUAGAAUCUUUAACUUAUUUUUAAGAUAUGAGAUUGUAAACAAAUUGCUUGAUUUAUUUCAAUCAAUUUAUUCUAAUUAUUUAAAUAAAAUCACCCUAAGACAUCAGCAUAAUAA